UGUGGUAGUUAGUGCUGAGGCGAACGACCUCGGUCGUGGGAUCGAUUCCCAGCUCGCGCGUACUACAAGGCAGAGGACGCCGCGGAAAAAUAUUCCCCCGUUUCCCUCGCCGAGAAAUCCCUUCCUCGAGCACGCGCGAGCAAAUCCGUAGCAAGCAUCACCGCAGGUAACAAAAAAAAGCUACUCAGUUCGAGUUAUUGGUCUCAGAUCUUUGCCGCAUUCGAAUCUGUUCCACCAGUAGGGGCGGCGAUCUGGUUCGAAUCUGUUCUUGAUCCAUGAUGGCAGCAAUGAACAUUGAUCUGGGAGGAUUGGCAGGCAGGCCUACUACUUCACAGGCGGAUCCUUUUCAAAGUGCUUUGUAUGGAGCUGGACCUGGACUCAUCCGAAGUGGACUAGGAGUGUACAGUGAGAAGUUUUUAGGUUCAAGCUCCGACUUUAUGCAAAGCAAUAUCACCCAAUAUUUGUCCAAUCCACAAUAUUACUUUCAAGUGAACAACCAGUAUGUGAGGAACAAGCUGAAGGUUGUCUUGUUUCCUUUUCUGCAUCGGGGACACUGGACUAGGAUAACUGAGCCAGUGGGAGGAAGGCUGUCAUACAAACCUCCAGUUCAAGACAUCAAUGCUCCAGAUCUGUACAUCCCUCUGAUGGCUUUUGCCACCUACAUUGUUGUUGCUGGAUAUGCCUUGGGUGUUCUUGGAAGGUUUACCCCGGAGGCACUGACUAUACAGUUCACAAAAGGGUUACUCGGUUGGUUUAUGCAAGUCAUCCUCAUUAAAGCACUACUUUACUCACUGGGAAGUGGUGAAUCGCCGUUGCUUGACAUUGUGGCAUAUGCCGGCUAUGGGUUUGCCGGUACCUCACUUGCGAUGCUUGUCCGCAUCUUCUGGAGCUACUCAUACUAUUUUGUGCUGCCGUGGUUCUGUAUCUGCACUGGAGUGUUCCUGGUUAAGACGAUGAAGAGGGUUCUGCAGGGUGCAUCGAGGACUUAUGAGAGACAUCCUAGCAGGAACCACUACUUUCUUCUAUUCCUCGCGGCCGCGCAAUUCCCCAUGCUUUUUUGGCUAGGCAACAUCAAGGGCUGAUGUUUCAGUCUUGUCUCGGAACAGGGAUACCUUUUUUUCCUUUUCUUUUCUUCAAGGUGGAGGCUAAAACUCGAUCAGAAUAAAGUUUGAGGUUUUGUCUUACUGAUGAACUUUUGUAGUAGCCUUGUCUAUAGUUCAGGCUCUUAUUGGAGUGGUAAAUUUCUUGAUAGAGGACCUAAAAAAUAUGAAGUCAAUGUUAUCUUAUUGGUCUGCAAAGGAUGUUACUUUCUCAUGAUUUAUGACUAGCUGAAGACAAAUGCAUACAUGAAUUUUGAAUAUUGGAUAGUAACUUAUCCUAAAAGUA